UAAACAUUUCAGUGAUUUCAAUUUUCAAUAACGAAAAUGAAUGUAUUUAUUAAGCUAUUUAAUCGUUUAAGACCUAAUAUUAAUUAUGAAUAUUAAUGUAAAAAAAUAAAAUCUAAACCCACCUUUACCGGGUUUCUUAAUUACUAAUAGGUGUCAGUUUUAACAAUUUGUAAAAUUAAUACAAAACAAUGUCAGUUUACUUAACUAAAUCAAUGUUAUCGAAGUUAAAUAAGGUGAAAUAUUCAAUUUGUGACUAUAACGACGAUGAGGAUUGCGGCAGUAACGAUCCUUGGCAAAAGCUUUCUAUCGAUGGAAAAGCGACAGUACAACUAGCAAAGGAUACAAUAUGUAGGGUUUGUGCACAGAGAGGAUCAAUUCCGUUGAGCAAUAAACUAGAUGGUUAUGAUAUAAUGGGAGCUCUCUGCAGUAUAACUAAUGUUUCAAUCAGUCCUGAUGAUUCCUUACCAAAGUACAUAUGUAAUGAAUGUCUUGAAACAUUAAAAGUAACUAUGGCAUUCAAGAAUACAUGUGAAACAACUGAUAAAAGAUUUAGAAAAAUUCUAAAUCCAUUAGGAGAUCCAUUAUUCCAUUCAUAUCCAUAUUCUAAACAUGAUUUUCAACUAAUUUUACAUCAAAUGAAACUGAAGAGGGUAAAGAUGGAACAGAAAAGGGAGAGAGAGAGAAAAAGAAAAGAAAGAGUGCAACAGAAGAAAAUACAUUCUAAAGUGAAAGAGAUUAAGUGCUCCCCUUGUGAUAUGGUGUUUGAAACUAAAGAGCAAUUGGCAUGUCACCGUCGCGAGGCGCAGUGCAUGCGGCGCGCGUGCGACGUGUGCGGCCAGCUGGUGCUCAGCAUCGGCCAGCACAUGCGCCACAUACACAAGCGCGCGGCCCCGCACACCUGCCCCACCUGCGGCAAGGACUUCCCCAUCGUAGCACGCCUCAAGAGUCAUAUGCGCGCGCCGCACCCCGCCACCCUCACCACCUCGCUCACCACACCGCUCACCACACCACUCACCACCUCCCUCACCACACCGCUCACCACCCUCGCCGACCCCUACCUAACACAGCACAAGGAGUACGCGCAGCCCCACCACCUCUACUUCUCUGACGUCAUCAUACAACAACCCGCUGACGGACAAGCACAGACUGUACAGAUAACAUUGCCGGAAUUAGUUUUGAAAAAGGACGACGUCAAAAUAUACGAAACGGAACAGACGAUCGCAUAUUUUUAAUUUUUUUUUAUUUACAAACCUGUUGCCAGUAUUGCCGCUUCACAAUGCACAUUGUAAUCAAAAUUAUGUUAACUAUAGUUUUAACUGUAUAUAAUAUAUUUGUAGUAAACAAUGAAUUCUUACUAUUUUAAAUCGAUUUAGGCGCCCACUAAGGGCGCCGGGUAUGAAAGGGCGCCAUAGGUUUAUAAAGAGGCGGCCCGGGCGCCUUUUUUGUACGAGUUUAUGUUACAAUGAGGGGGCGCUACAGUAAUUUCGGGCGCCGGUUACGUUAAAGGCCCUGCAAAUAAUAUACACUGUCAUUAUUUUGUAUUUUAUUUUUAGGUAAUUAUUCCAUUCUUAAUCAACACAGGAGUAUAUUGCUAUCUCUAUUUCUCUCACAGAUAAUGUGAAGGAUGCUGUCAUCUACAAAAUAUAGUGUUUUGUUUUGUGUAUUAUUACCGCUAUAUACAAACUUUUUUCUGUAAUUAUAAUGCGACGAAAUAUGGAGUAAAGCUGUAUGUUAGUAUAGUCGAAUACAUUAGGAAUGAGAAAUUAUAACAGAUUUUACUUUUAAAAGGUAUCAUAUUCACAGAGUAUUUAAAAAUAGACAUGUGUAAAUAUUUCUCUUUUUAUUAAAAUUCGAAUAUACUUACUGUUAAGCAUUUUGUAAGGAUAACAAAGUAAUAUGUUAUAAAAUCUAUAAUCGAACGAACAUGUAAGUUUAUAAUAAUG